ACUUUACGCACGGAGGAGAUGGAAUGCAUUGAAAGGACUCAGACUGCGUGAAAGUUUUUUUCGCCGUUUUCCGACUAUGGAGACGCACAAGAAGAGACAGUCGAUCCGGACCGAGUCAGCCGUGAGCCGGUGGACGGUCUGAGGUGCGCCGGAGGAUGACACCUGCAGCCCGCCGGGAGAGGACCGACGCAGCCCCGCAUCUGUAGGAGCGCUGCUGGAUCUUCAGUCGUCUGCGCACCGCCGCGGACUGCGGCACGAACACAACAGCGUCCGUGAAACAGCUCUCCUCCUGCUCAUCUCUUCAUCAUGCUCUCCUGCUGAGUGUCAACAUCUUCUGGAUAUUAGGAAAUAAAAGAAACGCCUUCGUCAGUAUCGUCUCUGGAGCUCUGACUCACCAUGGGCACUGUACUCUCGCUGUCCCCCGGCUCCCGUAAAUCAGGCUACUAUGACAACCGGCCCGGCUCGCUCAGCCACUACCCGAGCCUCAGCAGCCGCUCGCUCAACAGCCAGAAGGACCGCGGCCUGAAGAGAGGACAGUCCAUCUUCCUGCCGGCGCUCACGUGGAAGCGACUGGUGGCUUCUACGAAGAAGAAGGGCAACUCCAAGAAGGCGCCCGGAGGUCCGGUUGGCCUCGGAGAUCCCCUGAACAACAACAACAACAUCAACAUCUACCAGAAGGACCCGGUGCUGCACCUCAACCGAGAGAAUGUGAAGAAGUCGCUGUCAUGUGCCAACCUGUCCAGCUACGAGGGCCCAGCCGGCCUGGGUCUGGGGCUCGGCUACGGCCUGGGUCUGGGUCAGGGCCACGGCUACGGCUACAGCAAAUCCCAGCAGCUGUCGUCUGUGAAGAAGGUUCCUCAGGGGACGGUGAGCUCGUCUCCGAAGAGGGUCAUCGUCCAGGCGUCCACCAGCGAGCUGCUGCGCUGCCUGGGAGAGUUCCUGUGCUGCCGCUGCUACCGCCUGAAGCACCUGUCUCCGGCCGACCCGGUGCUGUGGCUGCGGGCCGUGGACCGCUCGCUGCUGCUGCAGGGCUGGCAGGACCAGGCCUUCGUCACGCCCGCCAACGUGGUCUUCGUCUACAUGCUGUGCCGAGACGUGGUGGACGGCGACCUGGUGGCGUCGGAGCACGAGCUGCAGGCCAUCCUGCUCACCUGCCUCUACCUGUCCUACUCCUACAUGGGCAACGAGAUCUCGUACCCUCUCAAGCCCUUCCUGGUGGAGGCAGGCAAGGAGGCCUUCUGGGACCGCUGCCUCGCCAUCAUCGACGCCACCAGCGCCAAGAUGCUGCGGAUCAACGCAGACCCGCACUUUUUCACGCAAGUCUUCGCUGAACUGAAGAGCGAGGGCGGCUGCGGGCCUCAGGACUACAGUCGGGUUCUGGAUCGGUGAGAGGAGCUCCGGGCCCUCGCUGAACGCAUGCCUUUUUGUACGUUCGUGCACACAAACACUCAUGUGUCUCCUACAGACUCCCCUCGUCCUGCUGUGAAGGCCCAUCGACGGACUUACGGAGACUUAUUUAAUCAUCCCGUCUGUGUUUGCUGCCGUCGUCCCGUCCGUCCACAGAUCGGUUGGCUGAAGGUCGAGUCAUGCUUUCCGCAUCCGUGUGUGCAGAUUAAUGUGGACUUUGAAAGUCAUUUUAUUUAUACUACGAUAGGUUUCCUCAUACUGAACACAAAAACACGAACUGUGGGCGGACAGAUUUCUGGAGAUUUUAGAGCCUCGAACUGUUUGUUGCCGUCGUCCUUCCAU